CCCCGCCUCCUCUCGUCGGUCAACGCCGCGCUCGAUCUCUCGCCGCCAUGGCCCGCCUCGCCGUCGCCGCCGCACUCCUCCUCGUCGCCCUCUGCCGCGUCGUCCACGGCGAGGCCGAUCAGGAGACCGCCCCCGCCUACGCCAACCGUGAAGCCUACGUCGAGCACAAUGGUGGUGACGCCGCCGGCACGUCCGUCGCCAUCGUCCCGCCCUACCUCGACGCCGCCGCCGCCGCCCGUGACGAGCCCGCGGCGGCGGCGGCGAGCCCCGAGGGGCCUGUGAUCCCGGUCGACGACGACGCGGCGGACCAGCAGGGCUUCCUCCGCUUCCCCUGCCGCUACCACUGCCGCUACCGCCACCACAUGCGCCACGGCGGCCAUCGCCAUGGGGAGGGAUUCCAUGGCAAGGAGGAGAAGCAGCAGCUGGUGUUCGAGAUGCCAGUCGAGCCGGCGACCCGCGGCGAGGAGCGCAGGGAGGAGGAGGAGGGGGUGGUUCUCCCCGUCGCGGAGCCAGAUCCGGACUCGCGCCGCCAGUAUGCCGCCGUAGCCGCCGCCGAGGAGGAAGACGAGGAUGAGAUGGCGAGGCUCCACCACGGCCGCCGCUCCCACCACCACCAUCAUCGCCACCACCAUCAUCACCACGACGAGAACGAGGAGGACGAGCACGAGCAGGCCGACGAGGCUUCGCCCGCCGUGGAGCGGUUGAUCAGCUUCCACCGCCGCCGCCACCACCACCACCACCACGAAGACGACCACGAGCAGCGCGAGGAGGGUGCGCCCAUGAAGCGGUUCCGCCACCACCACGAGGAGGAGGAGGAGUCCGAGAUGAGGACCAAGCGCUUCCACCACCACCACCACAAGGACGACGACGAGCGCGAGCUGGAGGAGAUGGCGAGGCGGUGGAUCAGGAAGGCGCUGAUGAGCAGCAGGAUGCACCACCACCGCGGCUGCCGCUUCCACCACCACCACCACCACCUCAGCUUCCGCCACCGCGCGGAGGACGCCGCCGCCGCCGGCGAGGAGGAGGAGAAAGGCGGGGUGAUGAGUUGGCUCAAGGACUUUGUGAACCGCUUCUAGGUCUCUCGAUCGAUCAGCCUAGCUUGCCGCUGCUUCUUCUUCUCCAUCGUCUGCUUGUGUUGUUGUGUCGAGUUCAUUCAUGAUUCAUAUGGCUGCUGUGUAUUCUACUUUUCUACGGCCGUAUAUGUAUUUCGUAUACCGUAUUUGUGUUGUGGUACUCUCGACUUAUCCCGAGUGUUCAUGUUGUUGUUUGUGUCACGGAUGUUAAUAAAUUGUUCUCCUAUUUCAAAUGCGUGCAUUAA